AUGCCUGUCUUCGUGAAUCCGUUCAAGCGAAACGAUCUCCAUGAGUAUCCAGGAGUCCUGAUCCCUCUGGCCCAAGAGCGAAACGUGGAGCCAUCAUCCGCCCUUGACAGAAAGGAUGCCGAUGAGAAUUCCGCCGAGACCGGCUCGGUUCGGAGCUCCCAGAGCGUCUCCAAGCUGACUAUCGAGGCCCUCAGAGCUGAGGUAGAGAGCGACGUAGCUACCAAUGGCCACGAUACUCCCUAUGAUCGCAAAUCAAAGAUCAUUAACCGAGCUAUCCAGGACAUUGGAAUGGGCCGUUACCAAUGGGAAUUGUUCAUUCUAUGCGGCUUUGGUUGGACGGCUGAUAAUCUCUGGCUCCAGGGCGUGGCUCUUACCCUACCCCCUCUUGCCGCAGAAUUCGGUAUCACUGAAUCCCAUGUACGAUUUACAACCUGUUCACUCUUUAUUGGACUGUGUAUUGGUGCGGUGUUCUGGGGAACUGCCUCUGAUAUUAUUGGCCGUCGUCUUGCUUUUAACGUAACACUACUUCUUACUGCGGUAUUUGGUCUGGCUGCUGGAGGUGGCCCAUCAUGGAUCGGUGUUUGUUCCCUGUUUGCAUGCUUAGGGCUGGGAGUUGGAGGAAACCUGCCCGUGGAUGGAGCGUUAUUCCUCGAAUUCCUGCCCUUCGCCUCAGGAAAUCUUCUGACCAUGCUCAGCGUCUGGUGGCCUGUUGGACAGCUUGUUGGAAGUCUUGUGGCAUGGGGAUUUGUGCCCCAAUACUCUUGCAAACCCAACACCCCGUGCCGACGGGAGGACAACAUGGGUUGGCGAUAUCUUGUGCUCACUCUUGGCUCAAUUACUUUCCUCAUGUUUAUUUGCCGAUUCUUCUUGUUUCAUUUGUACGAAUCACCAAAGUACUUACUUUCGCGCGGCCGGCAAGCCGAAGCCGUUGCAACCGUGCAUGCUAUUGCUCACAAGAACAAAGCAAAGACUUGGCUGACUGUGGAAAUCUUGAACGAGAUUGGUGGCAAUCCAGACGAAGAGGCUACUUCUGGAAAGUUAAGUACGGGAGAGGUCAUCAAGAGACAGCUUGUGAAGUUUUCUGGCGAUCGAAUUGCCCCCUUGUUUGCGGAUAGGCGAAUGGCAAUCACAACUCUCUUACUAUGGUUUUGUUGGUCAACCAUUGGUAUGGGAUACCCUCUGUUCAACGCAUUCCUGCCACAAUAUCUUGGAAACCAAGAAGCUACAUCAACAGCCAUCGUGUAUCGCAAUUACGCAAUUACAUCUAUUGUCGGCGUUCCGGGCUCCAUCAUCGCGUGCUACACGGUCGACAUCCCAUAUAUCGGGCGCAAGGGUACCAUGGCAAUUUCGACAUGCAUUACAGGCAUUAUCCUCUUUUGUUUCACAAUCUCGAGGGAGCCCAAUGCUCAGCUCGCCUGCGCCUGUCUUGAAGCCUUCUUCCAAAAUAUCAUGUAUGGUGUCCUCUAUGCAUAUACCCCCGAAGUGUUCCCUGCACCAAAUCGCGGGACAGGAACUGGUAUUGCAAGUUGUUUAAAUCGUAUCUGUGGCCUUUUAGCGCCCAUUGUGGCCAUCUAUGCCGGCAAUGCGAAUCCGAAUGCUCCGGUUUAUGCGAGUGGAGGCUUGUUCUUGGCCGCAUUUGUCGCCAUGUGCUUGUUGCCCAUCGAAACAAGAGGAAAGCAGGCCCUAUAG